AUGGAUAUCAGGCGCGUGAAGGAAUAUCUCUCGUGGAUCUACUAUCAAUAUCAAAUCAUUAGUUGCUGUUCUGUCCUGGAGCCCUGGGAGCGAUCGAUGUUCAAUACUAUUUUAUUAUGUAUUUUUGCCAUGGUAGUGUACACUGCCUAUGUCUUUAUACCAAUCCACAUUCGUUUGGCUUGGGGGCAGGUAGCCCUGCCAAGCAUGAACAUCUACAAACUGAGUUUUUUGUGUGGGUACCCAAGCAUCACUACCCAGACAGAUAGCCCAGCUGGGCAAGAGGGGAACAGUUGCAAACUGAGUGAGGUUCCAGAUGCUAGCCUUGCUGGGAACCAGCAGGACAUAUGA